GAUGUACAAACAGUGAAAUUAUUAAAAGCGAAGGAAGGUGGCGAAAAUGUACAAAUCUUACUGGCAAGCAGAGAACUGGAAAGAACGUUACGCACGAUUCAUAUUCACCAAAACUCGUUGACUAUCAAUUGUCUCAGAGAUAUCGCUGGAAUAAGGGCAGCAUUGGAUGUUCUUUCUACGUAUUUAGGCGAUGAUUUUGCUGAAAAUGUUAAGCGUUUUGAAGCCCUUCCAAAGUGCCUUGAAGCAGCAAAACACCUGUGUAGUAAUUCAAGUCGAUCUGUUUUGCAGUUAUUUUUAUUAAAACAGUUAGUUCGCCAUGACCCCAAUGGGAUUGAUGCUGUUAAGGAAAGAUGUAAAAGAAAGGAACUUAAAUGGAUUAUGCCGCCACAGUCUGAGGUAAUACAAUUUUUCUAACGGUUUCUAAUGGUUCUGAGCACCUGUCAAGUGUUCUCGUUUAAUACAUACAAUAUGAGACAUAAGCAGCUGCAUAAUCUGUUUAUUUUAGUGCAGUGCAUGUAAAUUUCUAAAACGAUCAGUCGUGAAAGUUGGUAAACGAUUUAUUUUUUUUUAACAUUAAUCUAUAGCAUUUAUCUCUGAGUAGCCUACUCUGUUCAGGCAGUGCUAUGCAUGUGAUGUCAUGUAGUCACAGUGGGAAAAUACGCCUGCCACAACUGUGAUUAUACCGAUAUGUUUAUGAAAGUCUGUAUGACAUCAAACAAUUGUAUUUCAAUUAAUUGAAAUGUCAUUUUUCUUAAGCGUUUUCUUAAAUUGGUUGUACAACACUGUUGUUAAAAUUUUCCUACUUUUCAAUAGCUUGGGCAUAAGCCAAAAAAAUCAAGUUAAUGCUCAAAUAUUAAUUUACAUUGAUAAGCCCGAAUAUGACAUUUUUAGUGUGAAGUUUCUUCGAAACUUCACAGUAUUGUGAUGACUGGGGGGAAAUUCACACGAAUCAGUCAGUCAUUCAUUCAUUCAUUCAUUCAUUCAUUCAGUCAUACAGUAAACUUUCCGGGGGGUGUAUACGAUAUAUGUUCGUAGUGAUUUAUCGUACUUAGUCUGUGCUUUGAAGGUUAUUUAGGCAAUUUCAGUUGUCUUAUUUAAAUAUUCUUUAGGCCUUUUGCCAAGUUUUGCCAAGUUUACAAAAAAUUCGAGGAAUUGUUGUCGUUAUUGUAAAUUUUAUAACAUGCGCUUCUCAUGUUGUGUAAAGGAUCUUUACCCCGGAACACCCGAUUUUUUCUUUAGCAGCGCAAAUGCGCAUGCGCUAUCAAGCCGUAGAUCAUGAUGGCGUGACGAUGCUAGGAAGGAGCGAGACAGUGUUGUUUUGAAAUGUAUAAACAUUUCAGACGUGAAUAUUGAAGAAAAUCUUCGAGAAUCUACGCAAUAUAUAAAUUGAUGUUAUGCAUUCAAUUAAGUGCCGAUAUUAUUUAGACGUUAUAUUCAUUUUACAGAGCUAGCAAGGAGCUAGAACAGUGCUUUUUUCAAGAGUAUAUAUUAAACAUUUCAGACGUAAAUAUUGAGUCGAAAAUCUUUGAGAUUCUAGGCAUUCAAUUGAGUGCCGAUAUUAUUUUCACGGUAUACCCAUUAUACAGAGGUAGGAAAGAACGAGAGAGUGUUGUUUUCAAAUAUAUAAACAUUUCAGACAUGAAAUGUUUAUAUAUUUGAAGAAGAUUCUACGCAAUAUAUAUGUUGAUGACGUUAUGCAUUACCGGCGCCCAAUUAAGUGCCAGAAGAUAUAUUGUUUAGGCCGUGUAUUCAUUAUACAUUGGCCACAUUGGCUAUAUAAGGUGCUACACCACAGCAUAGAUGGCUACACUCAGUACAAAGAGCGAAAAAUUGCAUCAGACAAAGCGUAAACAACUAUUAAACAGAAGCGGGUGUUUGUAUGUCGUUCACGAAGAAAAUAACUUGUGAGUUGUGAUCGAGACAAAAAAAAUCAGUUGAGUCUGCAGAGCUCUUUAUUUAAACAAGAAAGACGAGGAGUUAUAGCCAACGUGUUAUCGCCAAUCGCUUGGCUUGCCAACAAGCUUUAAGCAAUAGAAGAAAAAAGCAAGGAGGUAGCCAACGUCUACCGUCACGGACUUACUUUGUUUACUGUAUAGCACAAGGUCAACAGUGCGAACUCGUGUUCAGUGCAACGAUAACUCUACCAGAUCUUACGAGAAUCAAUCUGUACACAGAGCCGUAUCAAAGCUUGUUAAAACUGCUAUAAACACUGCUAUAACUGUGAAACUAUUGAAAUCUAAAGUGACAUUAUUCAAUACAUGCGAAAAGCUGAAAAUGACUCUUGAAACCGGCAAUGUGACAUUGCAUUGGGAAUAUAAAGUCAAAGGUCAAUCAGACUUGUUAUUGUGAAACAUGUCACAAUUAGGUUAGAAUGCGGAAGCGGAUGGAGCGGAUCCACGGAACGGAUAUGGGGAUAAAAUAUAGAACGGAUGGGGAUAAAAUGCGUUCUUUUAAUGAUACAACGUCGUAGUGCUUAUUAUUCAUAACAUAUCUUAUACAGCUAUUUGGGUGAUGGGAAUAAUCAUAUUAAAUAAGUUCAGCGUAUCAGUAGCCUAGUUAGGAUGCUUUUAGCGACAGCUGCAAAUGCAAAUGAAGUUUUAGAAUAUUAUGCAAAAUUUGGGUGUUGGUGAAACAACUUAAAUUUCGAGUUGUCGCGUGUAGCAUCACAAUAAAUAAAUAAAUUGUAUCAGUUCCACGAGGCACGUUUCUGAUCUGUUAGGCUUGUUUCAAACGUGGCGCUACUCGUGUGCCGAACGCAUUAUAAAGUAGAUAAUGAGAUGAAAUGCCUUUGGUAACUGUUUAUUUCGUAGUGUAAGCCAUCAGCCUUUCUAGGUUGUCGGCAAGCCUAUAUAGUUGUUGCAGUGUCUGUUUCAAUUCGAAACUUCACACUAUCCUUGGAUCCCUAGUUCAGAUUAGAAUGUAUUUAUCGUAUAGGCUAUAGAAUUCAGUACUGUACAGGUGCAUAAAUGUCCAAUUAUCCCAUCGGAAAACGUUUUAUCAGACGUAUAAAUUAACAUUGAAUGUCGCUUGCACGUUCUUUAAUGUUCAGAAAUGAUUUACUGUUCCUCCAACCAAACUUUAUCGAGCUUCUGUUAUACUAUUGUUUUUUAGGAGCAAGAUAAAACUCCGGACAAUUUCAUAGUUCAUCAUGAGAAUUAUCACACUGUGCGAGAGGCUGUUGGCAAAGCAAUACUUACAUCUAACAUCGAUGACCUAAAUCUAGUCAUUCAAGUGAGUUAUUUUUUUUAUAGAUUGAGUUACAUCGCUACAAAUCGCAGACAUUUGAAUCCCGAAACAUCCCUUACGUCUAUGCCCCUCAUUACCCCUUUCGAUCUCCGGAAUUUCUUAUUCUAAAUAUAACUAUAAAGAUUACAAAACAAUUGUAAACAAACUAAAAGGAUAACAAAAUGUAAACAAAUAAAAAAUAGAAAGAGCUUUCGAAUGAUAUAUUUUGGCCAUUUUUUCUUAAAAAAUCAUCGCCAAAUUGAGAAAUAUUAGAACCUGAUGAUUGUGUCUAAUAAACGAACCUUCGAUUUUAUGCAAACUUGGAAUGAAACAAAUAAUCAUUGACACCACAGAUUAAGGUAUGCGAACAAUUAUUUCGGUUACUAAUUAAUAUCUGCAUAUUAUUUAAAUUUUACCAUACAUUCUUAAGUUCAUCGAUCAUUAAGCCGUAGUAUGACUUUGCGAAAGGUGGAUUAUUGUCGUUUCGGUAAAUUAGUUACAAAUCUUGCUCGUAGUUUUAAGUAUCGUAAAUACUCAUUAUAUUUUAUUAUUGCUUUUAGUUUCCUUUCUUAUUUCCUUGAUUAGUUCACGGAAUUUUGUUUCCACACUAUACAAUUUUAAUUUGGUAUGAUUCUUCAUAGAUAUUUUAUGUAAAAAUUGGAUAACCAUCUGCAUUCCUGAUAAAAAUUGAAUAUCAAAAUGAACAUGCGGACUAAGGCGACGCUGCAUUCCAAAUGUCCGCGAUUUCUAGCGAUGUUUGAUAGAUGUUGGUGUUGAUCUUAGUUAUCAGAAACCAAACCGGCCUGUUUUUGCAUUAAAAUACUUCAAUAAAAUACUUCACCUUCCUCCUUUUCCAACGGUAAGGUCAUUCUUGAAACUGACCACGAUCAUGCAUCCAUGCACCGUUUGUUUAUUCAACAAAUUAUACUGGAUUCCUUUUUAUGACCUGACCAUGAGAAGUGCACCUUGCCAUUUAGCAUCUUAUUUAUUAAAAUGUCUUCAAAUCAUAACAGUUUUCAAAUAAUUUAGGUGUACAACAGUUGCACAUAUUUAAACUUCGCAUUUUUGGGUUUUAUGCAGCGGAUAUCAGCUAGGACGUUCAAAUAUUUUAAUGUUUCUUCUUUCAAGUUAUGCUAAUUUUGGUAACACUUAUGUUAUAUUGCAAAACACGCGUAGGAAAUUCAUUCUAAACUGGCCUAUUGCUUCUAGUUUUUCGUGCAUCACGCAUUUUACGUUUUUGUUGUCAAAACUAUAGAACUGGUUAUACAGUAUAACACCUUAUUAUGGAGUACAGCGUGAGAUACUGAAAAAUACACAGUGAGAUAUUUUCCAUAUUUUCACUAGUGAAGAUAUCGAUUACGCCACUUUUAAUAUUUAUACAAUUUUUUGCUUGGGAUUAUAUAAUAAACAGAACAUUGCACGAUGGCUUGAAGAUAUGACUUUUAGCAUUCGAAGGUAAAAGUCAUAUCAUUGCGCCGCCGUGUAAUAUCCUCUAUAUAUUUCAAACAAAUCAAUCAAUCGCCUCAACUUUUGGCAUUCAUCUGACUUUAAUUUCAUUAGGAAUAUUAACUGCACUGUAUCCUUUUGUUGAGUUAGGAAAGUGGUUAUUUUCUUGCAGUUCUUAAUUACGAUCAAUCAUGUAUUUUACAGGAAAUACAGGUUCAACCAUCCGCACGUUCUUGUUAUGUUUUACUGGCUCUGUUUCGUGAAAUAACGACAAGCUUCUCACAUGUGAACAAAGAAGAUGAAAUUCCUGCUAGGGUAGGUUUUGGCCAAGUUUUUAUGAAGGUAAUCAUGAUCUUGCACACAUCUUUCUAAAUGUUGUGUGGACUGCAUGUAUAAAGAUAUAAAGACUGCAUUCAAGCAAUGUGCACUCAAAUAUGACAUGUGCUGUAUUGUACUUUGUGCUUUGUACUUUAGGUCUUCGCUUCCUAAAUUAGCAAAGCGUUGCCUUUUUUUGUGAGGGUUCUUCGGCGUUUUCGGACGUUUUCCAACUUUUUUUUCGAUAUUAAGGUGGCUUGAUACAGUUUUCAGAAAUUCAGGUGCUCAACACUUUGACAUGUUCAAAGUACGCAUUUUUGGGAUUUAUUCAUCAGAUAUUGAGGUUUUUGUAUCUGCGCGUAGCGCAGAUAUAUUGCUAUCGCGUCAGUCAGUAAAGUAAAGUAAAGUAAAGUAAAGUUAAGUAAGUUAAGUUAAGUUGUUAACUCGUUAAGUCCGUCAACCUUGUUUUGAAGACCUGUUCGCAGGCUAGAACAGCUUUAAAACAAGAUGGCGUCUUUCGAAAAGCUUUCAAGAGUAGUAAUCAUUAGUAAUCGUGGUAUUAAACUGUUAAUAGACUUUAUCCUGACUUUAUUUUGAUAAAAUCUUCUUCUAUAGCAGUCUUGGACUGAUAUAACUCUUACAGUCAAACCGGAUGUUCUGUUCCCAUGAGUAUUGCAACAUUGCAAUCAAUCUUGCAAUGUUGUUGCAAAUUGCUCCGAGCAAAUUACACGCAAGUAUGCAACUGUCAUUUUUUCAAGCUCCUAUCACUCCCGUGUUGGGGAAAGGGAAUAACAAAUUAAAAGGACUAAUAUUGUGCCUACCACUUGACAAAUUAAAGGUAAACUGGAAUGUAUAGAGGAUAUUUAUACAUGGUUGUGCGGAAAUAUGUUCUUUAUUUCGAGUGUUGAAGAGAACUAUUGCUAACGAGUGAGCGUAGCAAAUUGCAAGUUGUUCCAUUAUGUGAUUUAAUAAUCUAAAUUUUUGAGUAAGGUCAUGGACAUAUUGUAAUUAAAUUAUUAUGAGUAUUUACUAUUUUAUCUUCGUAUCAAACCAAAUAUAUAGCAUUGCGAGCUUUAAUUGGUAUUAAACUCUGCCAGUUUGAGAACAUAUGUUUACAUAUUUAACUACCACAAAAUAAAUCCCUCUUUGGCACUGAAUUUUGCAUGUUAUUUAGUAUUUUUGUAUCACGUUAAGAUCAAAAUGGACAUAUUUCUUGAAUAAUACUUUUAAUCUGUGAAAUGAUAUAUAUAAAAAUAUUAGUCCUCAUACUUCGUUUUGGAUUUGUUACUUUUUGUGAUAGAUAGGGGUACCAAAGCCUUGAUAUUUCCAGAGGUAUUAAAAUACAAAAUUAGCCUGUGACAGUAUGCUCCUGAUUUUACUUCAUACUCGAUUUGGAGCAACACAAGUUCUACAACAAGAACGUACACAAUGUACUGUGCAAAUAUAAAACGUCAUAUUUAUAGAUAUUUGAUUGACAUGUUUACGCCACGCAUUUCAUACCGCACGGGUUUUCCCUGAGUUUUUAUAAUCGGGGCUUCCAUUUCCGGCAAUUGUUUUAUGGUUGAAUCUUCACGAAACAAUUACAAAUUUUAGAUAGACACGUAAAUUAUAUUUGCGUAUAUAUCUUGACUGUUAUUUAAUGGAAGCCUCUGAAACUAGGCUAAACUAUGAAAACAAAGUAUAGGAUAAACGUAGCCCUGUUGUUUUAAAUGUCAGAAACUAUUAUUAGCUCAUGACUCCAUGUACAGACGUCUAAUCCCACGUCUUUAAAUCCACACAUUUUACAGCCUUAAUUAAUUAUUUUCUUUAAAUUGUUCUUAAAAGUAAUGAACUGUAUGAAUAGCAGAUAUUUAGCUCCAGAUGAAAAGAAACAUUUUUGUAUGAUUGUUAUCAGUUGCCGUGAUUCGGGAUAUAAAUGGUUCUCGUCCUCUUAAUUUAGAAGUCACUAGUUAAAUGUAAAUAUUAUAUCUGAAGCAGGCAUAUAAUUUCAACUAGCACAAUUUCGCACAAUUGCUGUAAAAAUGUAAUUUCGAGAAUGCACCAUCAAUGCAGUAAAGGCCUGAUUCCACGAGCUUUUUUUUCUCGGCGAAAUGCGAAACAUUUCUACUUACUGCGAAAGCGGACAAAGUGGGACAAUUCAAUACAAUCGCUCAUGUGCAACCACCGUAUUUCGCAGACACAAGUUCUCGCGACGAAUUUCGCCGUCGUGGAAUCAGACCUUAAGAUUCAGACACACCGGACGGGCUUCGAGAACGCGACGCGAUUUUUCAGUUAGUUUGAAAAACAGCCAAUGAGAGCAAAUCAGUUAGAAACAUAUGUAGACCAAGUAACUUAGAAUGUUAUAGCGCUUCUAAAUAUUUGGAGUAUUUAAACUUGGAUUAAAUUUAACGGUCAGUGAAAAUCGAAAAAUCGCGUCGCGUUGUCGAAUCGCGUCCGGCGUGUCUGGACCUUUAAUGCGCAGAUACAUGUACGCGGUCGCGUACCUAUUUUUAUAUAUAUAUUUUGAUAACUCUACUUUCAAAUUAUAUUAGUUUUAGUAACAAUUAGUUCGUUGCUAUGACGACAUACGUGUACGAAAUUCACUCCAAAAUGGCCUAUCGUCUCGUUUUGUUCGAAAAGAAGCAAGGUGACACCCAAUUUUUUUCUUGCAUUAUUGUACUUGGACGAAAAGCUAACAAUUAGCAAAAUAUAAAAAAUUCUGUAAUGCCAUUUUUUUGAAAAUGCGAAAAUGUCAUAUUCUUCGGUAAAAUUUUUUUGGCAUUACAGAAUUUUUUUAUUUUUUGUUUAAUGAAAGUUUUUAAUGGUGUAAUACAGCAUGCAAAAUUUGAACGUAGGUCACCAGACAAAAUAAAGAGACAUAGCGCACUGUUUUUCUAAAAUGGAAAAUUCUAAUGACAUCAGCAAUUGAAAUAAAACGCUAUAGAACAUGCGCAAUGACGUGAGAUGGCGCGAGCAACUGCUCACGUCAGCUCAUUUUGGAAGUUCGUUCAUUUGUUAAUCAGUUUCCGCGACCUGCACGUAAAAAUGGUCACCCGGUUUUGAGUUCGCGAUUCUUGAGCAGGAUUUUUGUGAUAAUUAUAUCGAGCCACCUUAAAUAUUAUUUAUACUGUAUUUUGUCUUUUAAACUCCCGCGUAAUCCACGCAACCCGCGUGAAAAUUCCCCGUGUUUCUGUCGAGCUAUUGAACCGAGACGAAGUCGAGGUGAAUAUUCACCGUAAUCACUGAGCCUGGGGCGAAUCAUUGUUUUAGUAUAAAUUUUUAAUGAAUAACUAACAAAAUAUCCAAACAUCAGUUAAAUUAAAACUCAGAAAUAAAAUUGUUUUCGGUCGUUUCACGGUUACUGUUUCUGUGUUGCAGUGUUUAUUGUACGCACACGCAUUCAAAAUGGCUUCUUGUGUGACUUUAUUGCUUUAUUACAAAGUUGUUUUUCUCGAUUUCUGCUUAGAAUUAUACACAAUGAUGGAAUGACUUUUUCACCAGAAAUCAGAAUUAGAAAAUAGUUUCUGUUGAGCAUUUGUUCAAAAAAUGGCUGAGAAAUUUGAUAAAAUGAAAUGUAAAACUAUAUCGUUCGAAAUAAAGUUUUAGUGCACUUUUCGCUUAAUUACAAGUUUCGAAAACACAACACAGCGUCAGACUCAGAACACCAUACAGCACAAUGAAAACAUGACAUAUCAAAAGAAAUAGUAUCGUACAAAUUGAGAUAUCUGUAGGAUAUAAAACAAAAUGGUUUUGAUGAAAAGAAUAUCACUGCAAGGUUUUCCCCAACAGUCGGGAUAGUUUUUAGUGCAAAGUUGCUUUGCACUAUUGUUAUGAGGUUAAAUUCAAUUCAGUGACCGAUCGAUGGAUCGAUCUAUAGAGUUAACAAUUCGGGGGAGCUUGCAAAUUAUUUUUAUUACGUUUUCUAGAGCUUCGCGAUGUUCGGCCAACUAAUCGUUCAUAGCUGUUUGUAGAUUAUAACAAUCUAUAUUUAUAUUCAUGAUGGUACAUGUUUUACUUAUUAAUUUAUCCGACAUUUAGAGAAAUUAUAACCAAAUUACUGUUGGAUUUCAAGUACUUGUUAUUAUAUGAUAUGCCCCCUGCAACAUAAAUACACGUGCUCUCAUAUGUUAUUAUUUUACAAUGGCGGACAUGGACGAGCGGUGACUAUUGAGCGGCGGUGUGAAAUGCUGAAAUCGUGUAGACUAUAGAGGGUAUUACGUCUGAGGUUGAUAGUAUUAUAGCACAGUGGUUUAUCCAUGAAAGAUACGGAGCAAUGUAUACAUGAAUAAGUGCCAGUGGAUAGUUUUGAUUUAAAAUUAUAAGUCAGCAGCUCAUUUAUAUCAGCUAGCUUAUUUUUGUAUUAUUAUAUCACGAUAUAACCCGCGGAAAGGAAGGACCGCUCGCAGUCUAUAUCAGCUAGCUUAUUCUUGUAUUAUUAUAUCGCAAUCUAGAACUAGGUUUACAUGGCCCAAUAAAUAGUAAAUAAUAAAUUUGCUCCAGAGGCAACAUGCUAAGGUCGAGCGUAUUUAUAUUGUAGCAGCGACGCCAGCGAGAGCCAGUGUCCCAGUGAACUAUAAAUGUCUGCAUUAUGCAUCAGUCAAUUCUAGCAUAGCCCAUCCCUCCCGGGCAACCCCCGGGCAUUUGCACUUUUUCUUUGCCCGGGGGCUGGGCAUUGGUACUUGCAAAGUUGUCCUGGGGGCGGGGAAUUGUUUACCGGCCAGGCAUUUGACUUGACCGGAUGUUUCUGCGACGAACACGUGCUAUUGUAUUAAAAUGGCGUCGAAAAUUUCGAGGGUAAAAACGAGGAUUUUGUCGGUACUUUCAUUCACAAAACGUCACACCAAUCGCACAUGAAAAACUAAUUAAAGUUGUGUUUAACUAUCCAGCAAAAAAAACACUAGAAUUCAUACUACAAUCCUUGUUUAUUUUGCUACGUUAUUGUAUAUUAACCACUGAACCGACAAGCACGUUUUUCAUGUUCAAAAGUUGGGAUGACUGCUGUAGCUGUUAUACAAGGAUCUAACACUGUUAUGGAAGUUUUGAGGUCUAAAAUACAUUCAAUAAAUGAGUCAGCGUGCCCUGGGGCCGGGCAUUUGUCAUGUUUUUUUUGCCCGAGGGCAGAGCAUUGCCACGCUUUUCCUACCCGGCCCCCGGGAAUUGUCAACUUAAAGUAAAAAAAAGUGCAAAUGCCCAGGGGUUGCCCGGGGGGGAUGGGCAAUGCUAGAAUUGACUGAUGCAUUAAUGAUCUAGUGUUUGUAGUGAAGUAUAUUAUUUUUAAUAGCAGAAAUUUCUGUACUCGGUGUAAUCUGUAGUCAGUAAUGUCAGUUCGUAUUGUUUCCGAGACGUUUUAUAUAAUUAGUCAUUCCAAGCUUUUGUCAAACUAUUGGUAUUUCUCACUUAUGCAGUUAUGGCAUUUCAUUGAUAAACUGUAAAAUAUUAUAUUUAAUAGUGAGAAAUAUUUAGAUGUCGGCCAUAGUUCUGUUUGCAUAUUAUUACUGUAAAGUCAUUAGACAGCAACUUCUGGAGCACGUGGCCAGCACGCAGUCGACUUGAACCCGUCCUGUUUUUUCAUUGGCUUUCUAAAUUUGGAAAUGAUCUUGAAUGUCAGGUGACAACAAUUUCUUGCAGGCUGUUCAUUUUUGUUUCUUUUCCAUUUUCGAAGGCGGCUUAUUUUGUUUUGUAUUAAAUAUACAAGGGAAAAUGGGUAGAAAAUUGAAUUAUUAAAAGCAAAGAAAAAAGAUCUGGACUAAAGCCGCCACCAUUCAAGGAAUAAAAGCCAUGGAAAAUUAUCCAUGCGAAAACAACUAAAUUUACUGUAGUGGCUUGUAAUAUAUAAAAACAAACGCCAUACAACUUCUUUAUAGAUGCAUCAAUCCUAUUUCAUAUAUUAAUCGUUAUGCGAAUCAACAAAUCUUAAUUAUCAUUUGUCAUAUCAACUUUGCACUAUCCUUGUUAUUUGUUUGUAGUGAAUGUUUCGGAGUUUUAAAUAAUUUUUAAAUUGUCCGUGAAUAUGUUACCCUGGAUCCAAGAGCCUUCGACAGUAAAUAAUAAAUUGAAACGUCGCGAAGGCUCAGGUUCAACGGGAGGAUUAUUUGAUUUGUUUUGUGAUUGGCGCGGUUUAAUCAAAGAAUCUUCCCGUUGAACCAGAGCCUUCGCGACGUUUCAAUUUAUUAUUUACUGUCGAAGGCUCUGGAAUCCAGGGUAUGAAUAUGUUUGACACACUAAAAUAAUAAAGGAAUCCUACCUUUCAAAUUAAAUACAACAUUUUGUCUUCUUUCGUUUUCUGGGGACGAUUUUUCAAUAAUUUGUCGAUUUUGAAGCCAAAUUUUCCGAAUCAUUCUUUUUGAAACGCAUUAUUUACUAGUCUGCUGGUAAAUAAUGCGUCAGAUUUACUUGUCAACUCGCCAAUCAAAACGCGCGAAAGCUCGGGAGGUCCGUGCUGAAAAAGAUUUCUGAGGUCUCAUUUCAGCAUUCUAACAUGCUUCAAAAAUGUUCUUUCAAUACGCAGCAACAAAUUGUACAUGCCAAAAACAUUAUGCCCAUGACAAUUUCAUUUAUAAAAAAUAUUACCGUAAUGAGUCUAGAAAUCAUGUAAACUAGUGUUUAAGGUGGCUCAAUGCAGUUUUUAAAAAUGGAAAAUUUGCGAUUAAUUUUUCGAGAGGUUUUACUUGCUGAACAACAAAGAGCAUCUUAUGUAAAGCAACAUCAAAGGAGUUUGAGAUUUUUCACAAAAGUUACGCAACCACCGUUGCUAUGGCAGCAAUGAUGUUUCAAAAUGGCGGAUAUUUUGGCUCGUAAACGACAUCGCGCUGACCCCCAAAUUUUAUUUCAUAAAAUGAUUUCUCUUCGUAUAUUCAAUUAUUCUGAAAACUUUAAACUUCUGUUUAGCCAAAAAAAAGAUUCAAAUUAUGUCAAUGUGAUUAUUCAUAAUAUUUUUUUUCUUCUCAACAUUGUCAGAAUAAUUGAGUAUACAAAGAGAAAUCAUUAUUUGUGAAAUAGAAUUUGGGGGUCAUCGAUGUCGUUUUUGAGUUGAAUUACUUCAAAGUCAAAAUAUCCGCCAUUUUGAUACGUCAUUGUUGCCGUAGCAACGAUAGUUCUGUAAUUUUUGUGAAAAAUUCAAACGCGUUAGAUUUUGUUUCACUUCAGUAAGAUUUUUGUUUUUCAACAAGUAAUAAUUGUCUAAAAUUGCGGGUCUAAAUCGUGCAUUUUACAUUAUUUUAAAACUGUACCUUAAGGUAUUUUUUUAAAAUUUGUAUUGGUUCCAGUAUUUAUAUCUAUCUCAAUUAACGCAUAUUUUCCGAAAUAAAACUGAAUAUAUGCUGAACGUCACAUUAUAUGUUGUGACGAUACUAUAGUUAAGAUACUCGAGCUCGACCGACACUAAUUAGGUUGACUCGAUACAGUUUUCAAAACGUUCAGUUAUAUAAACAGUUAGUGAGAUUAAUUUUUCAGUUAUACAAAAAAGGUAUAUGAGAAAUUUGAUUAUAAGUAGUCAACGGUAAUUUUUUCAGGAAUUUCCCAGAGCUUCAAUUUAAGGAUAUAACAGCCUUCGUAUAUGCAUACCGUAGGAAAUAAUUUUAUGACAUGCAUGAUGCCGGGAAGUUUAAAAUAUGCAUGUGGAUGAUUUUAGUUUAAUAUUAUCCGAUGAUGAUCUCCAAAUUAUAAAUACACAAAAGAGAAAAAGAUCUUUUUUUUUCUUUUCAAGAAAUCGGUGCAAAUACUUAACCAGCAAAAGGAUGAGGCGUUGAGGGUGAAAUUUGUAUAUUUUCGAUUUCACAAGCAAUCAAAAAUACGUUAUUAUUAGGAAAACAUUCAAACAAUUACGAAGGAUUAGUGUAGUUUUGUAGAAAUGUAUUGAUAAAAAAUUUAGUAUUUUCGGCAUAAGAAGCACGACUUUGGAAUUCCACCCCUCGUCCUAGAUGUUUGACCCUCGACCUUCAACCCUAGACCUAUGACUUAUAGGGGAGGGUGGGGAGGUGCGAAGGCAACCAAAAAAUGUGUUGAAUAACAGUCAUAAUUAAUACAAGAACCGCUAAGAAGGGCAGAUUUCUUAGUAUGAAGUAAUAUUCUCGAGUGACUUUAUGACUUGACUAGUUCAAACUCAGCUUAAUUGUUGUCAGUAAAUCUGCUAUAUUGCUUAAAGUGAUAUGUAAUCUCUUCCCUUUCUUGAAAAUUUUACAAACAAAAUUUUACAAAGCCAUAUACAUAUAGAAAUUUGAUAAAUUUGAACAAAAAUUUGAUUUAUAGGUUUUGGAAAAGUUAAAGCAAUAUAUUGCUGGGAUUCAGUAUCUACCAAACGAAGUAAGUUAAACUAAAGUUUUAUAUGAAGAGUAUGUUAUUAGUUAAAUCAGUACUGACCUGACAAUCUAUAAAAUACUGUGAUUUUGCACUUCAAAUGUAUUUUAGCGUAUUGUCUCAAUGGCGCUGGAACCAGGGGGGGCAGUGAGGGAAGCUGCCGUGUCCACUAGAUAUAAUUAUUUAAAGACCUGAUGCCUUUACAAAGCUAAUAUUUAAAAUUACACAUACAUUUAAAUUUUUGCGAUUGAGAAGCAUACAGCUAUUUCAAUUAAGGUUGUCUGCGAGCAAAGCGGAAAAGUCAAAUACGAGCGCGAAAGGCUGCUGGGAAUUAUACAAAAAAAUAAUGAAUUUUUAUAGCGAUUCCCAACAGUCUUUCGCGCUCGUAUUCGACUUUUCGGCUUUGCUUGGGGACAACCUUAAUUGAAAUAGCUGUAAGCUUGUAUAUCAAGCCACAUGGCUCAGGUCUACCAUGGUUGAGAACAAGCUAAACUGUAAAAUGUUCGCCGCUAUCGAGAAGGAGCGCAUCGAUAAUGUUUGUACUGGGGACAACGGCGCAGUUACUUCGAAAGAUAUCAAUAAAUCGACAAGUUCGUACAAAAUAAAUAAAUAAACAGUUAAAUAAAUUAUGGUACAGCAUAAAUAAUAUACACUGAAUGUCUGCUCCCGAGGGAAAUAGUUAAUAUAAUAAAUGUUUUGUUUUUCCGAGGGUCUCAAACAUGGAGUUUCGAGAGAAAACAAAACUAACUAUUCUCCGAGGGAACAUACAUUAAGUGUUUUAUUUAGCGACGAACAAGUAUCAACGUUCAACAACAUUCAUACAACAAUUGUUUUCGUGACAAAAAGUAUAUGGUGUAAACAAGUUUAAAAUUAAAAGAACCUAGUAACUUAAACAGUUUCAGUAGCAUAUCCUGUUGCCUGUUGUUUAUUUUUCUUCACUUUUACAUUCUAAAUUUCAAGACAAACUUGGAAAAUCAUAGUUUCAAAUAUUAUGCCAGUUGUGCCGCCAUUUCGUUCAUUUAUGUACGUGGCCGGUCGGGGCGGGCAAUAAUUUUUUAUUUGUUUCCCGGGGUAUACAUUACAUUUAUCUGAAGUCACGUGACCACAAAUCAGCCAAUCAUGUCUGGUGUUCACCCUAGCUAUAUAUCAACAGUUGUUACAUUACGGUACAGAUCGAGUACGCGAGUAAGCCAUUAUCGAUUUGUUAUUAUUAUUAGAAAAUGUUAUUGGCUUAACAAACGUUUGCUGUCAGUACAUAUCUUUUGGUAACAUAUAUAUAUCAAUUUAAUGAAGAUGGCUUGUUAUACUAAUUUAAAGUGCAUAUGACAUGAAUAUGAUUAUUUUCUCGAAUGAAAGAACUCUUUAGGGCUAUAGAGUAACUUAUUUUUCAGUUUCCUGUUUUUGUGGUUUGUUGCCGAGAUAUUUAAUUUUGUUUGACAUGUAAAUAAGUGUGAAUAUGUCCGCUAAUGUACGUAUGACGUCACUUUGGUUGCAAGCUCGACUUACACUAGCUAUAAAUCAAUUAAUGAAGUCAGUGUUUCAUGACAUUUACCAGUGAGUGAAGUUUGAAAUUAUCGUCUUGGAUAAUACCAGUGAUAUUGAACCAUUUCGAAGAGCUUGCUACCAAAAUGACGUCAUAAAUUAGCGGACAUAUUCACACUCAUUUACAUGUCAUACAAAUUGUAACAAAUUGUUAAACAAUGUUACACUACAGCUUAAAGUGUUCUUUCAUUCAAGAAAAAGAUCAUAUUCAUGUCAUAUUGACUUAUUAGGCUUGUUGAAAGUGGCCUUUUUCAAGAUUCUGCUCUUGCUGCCUUGGAUUUUUUCCGGCUUGUGUCAAAGUCAUUAGUUCCACGCCAGGGUGCAUUAAAAAGUAGGCAAUUUUAAAAUGGCUACCAAAUUUAAAUUUCCCAAAACCUUUGUGAUGCUUUAUGUGUAAAUAUGAGGGUCUCCUGAUUUUUUCCGAACACCUCUUUUUCCUAAAAUAACUUUCAGAGUGCGAACUAGAUUGAUUAAUAGCUUGAAAUAAAUUUUAAACAAGCGUGAAAUGCUAAUUGUUGAAAUGUAUGAAAUCAAUCAUACGUGAAAUGUUAAUGCAGGUCAAAUUGUUUUGCUCUAGUAUUAAUGUGAUAGUUAAUUAAGCACAUUUUAAACUUGAAACGAAUUUUAAUGGGAUACUUUGUCUCAUUUGAAAGAGCUUUUAAAAUUAUGGGGAAAACAUUUUAUAACUUCUGCGAAAGUUGGUUAGUUUUCAAAAUAUUUUAAGUGAAAUUAUCAUAAAUCAGUGAGUUGCGCGCUAUCUUGGAUUUUUGUGGAUGUGAUUGAAGGGUCUGGAAAUCAUUGAGCGCAAAUUUGUUUACAUUUAUUUGUUAGACCUAACCAGGAAUAUAGCUGCAAAAAAUGCAACUACGUGGUCCCUGGCAGGAAUCGAACCUGCGUCUUGCGAUUGCGGUGCAGUGCUCUAACCAACUGACCUAUAUAGAUGCCAGUUGUCGACAUUAUACUUCGGUCAUUAUUUGGAAUAAGAAAUUGAAUGACAACAUUUUAGGCAUCUACUGUACUAAUUGUUAUGAAGUGGUUUUGUAUUACUAGCCCUGCUUUUGACACACGUUGAAAGCAACAAUCAAAAACUAAUCCAAGAAGGCGGGACAUGUCAUUGUUUCUUGUUUUAUUAUUUCAAGAACUAAAGAUUAUAGGAAAGGUCUAUCAAAUGAGACAAACUAAAUUUUUAUUGCCAUAUUCCUUUAUACCUUUCAUUUGUGUACGCAACCAAUUUCAUCCUCGAUACCAGAAAUACUUUUUUGCUCUAGGUAAGAAGAAAAUUAUCAAGAAAAACAUGGAGCAUUCUCAACCCGGGGGUUAAACUCAGCCCUGUUUACCGGCUUGAAAUUUCAGCUCUGUCUGUAAUAAAAAACUCUAUCAAAAUUAAACGCGCAAUUACAUCACAAAUGUUUUAAAUCCAGGGCCGAGUUUAACCCCGGGGUUGAAAUUUCAACCCUGCCUCAGCAGGAUUGAAAUUUCAAGCCCGGGGUUGAACUCAGCCCUGGGUUUAAAAAUUUGUCAUGUAUUCGUUUCAACCCAGGGCUGAAAUUAUCAUGAAUUAUUCGAGCAUGCGUGGUAGUGGCUAUUUAUUACAAGAAAGCUUUUUUGCUUCUGGAAAUCAAUGCCGAGAAUGUAUAGUAUAGCGUUUCAACUCUGUGGUUGAAAUCGUUCGUGUAAUCGUAAAAAAAUUCAAUCUGGUUAACAGGGCUGAGUAGAACCGGCGCUUGAAUGUUCUGCAUGUAAUCGGCCCCUUUAUAGCUAUAUAUUCCUUAACUCGUCAUAUAAAUUUUCAUGAACAAAAAAGUUGCGGAAUUUUCAAUUUAAUAUAUGCCAUGUUUUCCCUCGCUAUUCUUGUUUAUAUAAAUGAAUACAAAGCCCAUUCGAAUUGUAAUCAAGACCCAACGUUUCGAUACUCUAGUCUAGUGUUUUCUUCAGGGGCGACCUAAAGCCAGUUUUCCACUAGUGACAUUUUUCGCGCAAGGCGACCUUUUUCGUUUGUCGGUAUCACUUAUUACGGCAGCAAGUUAUUGCAAAAUGGAUGCCGACGAAGGAAAAGGUUCGCUUUGCGCGAAAGGCGGCUUAAAGUUGUAAUUGGCUUCUUAGGGAUGACGUCAUCUGCCAAUAAGAUGCAAGUGUUUCUCUGGCAAAUAGGCACUGUCAUCCUUAUUCAAAGCAUGAUUACUAGGUAGUUAAGAAGCCACAUUACAACUUUAGAUCGCCCCUGAAGAAAACGCUAAACUGGAGUGUCGAAACGUUGGUUCUUGAUUACAAUUUGACUGAGCGUUGUAUUCAUUUAUAUAAUCCAGAGGCGAAAACGUGAUUGAUAUACAGUACUUGGUUGCCGUGAACGAACAACCUUAACCAUUUGAAAACGUACUACUUUUUAUUCACCCUGUACACUAAAGAAGUGAAAAUCGGGCUUUAAUUAAACCAGAAAUAAACAAAUCUGUUCCUUGCACUAAAAUACGGAUUUUUGUCGAAAAUUCCUGUGCUUCUACAGCAUGAAACAUAUACUAUAGGGUAUAAUUUUUGGUAAAUUUCGACCACGUUUCGUAACUUGCAACGAAACUUUAUCUGAUCAGUAACCCAAUACAGAUGAUCAGGCGUUUUUGGAAGUGUUUCCACUUAUAAUCAAAUAAAUUACAGAUUAUAAAAUCAAUCGUGGUUGGUGUAAUAAGAUCGAUUGUUCAGACCAAGGUUAAUUAAUGUUACCUACCGAAGCGUAGCCCAAAUCCAAUAAUUGCUUUAUUAUAGCUUACGUUGGAAACAACAAAGAAGCCAAGGCUGGUGGCCGUUGGGAGGGUAAAAGAAAACGCAAUUUGUUGCAAACAUGUGAACAAUUUGAGAUUUUUAAUGAUGGAUUUAUUUUUUUAGUUAAAGAGACUAGCUGGGGAUUUUUUGACGAAUUUUGAAAACACAAACAGCCAACUUCUACAGCUAAGUCCUCGACAAUCUGGCAAUGACAGGCGUCUAAUUGAACUUUUGAUUCAUUUUCUUAUCGUCAUGAAAUGUUUGCGUCAGAAUCGGUUGCUGCAACCUCUUAUGAAUCUUGCUUUUAAUUCAGCUUUGAUGAGGGUAAGUAUAGUAUUGUUAGUAUUAUUAUUUUCAUCAAAUUUAUCUCCUUAAUCUUAAUUUGAACUAUUCAUAUGUGUGACACAUAUAAUUAAGGAGAAAUUUAAUUAUCUGCAUAUUUGCACUGAGAAAUACAAUUUUCUUACGUGUAAUUUAAUAUUAACAAGACGCUCUAUGGAGCGUUAACUCGCUGGGGCUAUACUAGAUUUCCCACAAGUCGAUCUCGAAUAGCGAGCUGUGAGCGGCCAAGCCGCACUAAAUUUUAUCACAUUUGCAUUGUGCCCUAAUAGCAAUGCACCCUACUUUAUUAUUUUAAUGUCUCAUACCAAUCAAUUUUGCUUGUCAAGGGGAGAGUGCUGCCGCUCUCAAAUUCGCUUGGUUUGUAUUGCAUGUAGUUUUGAAGUUUUUAUUAGUAUAAUGAUCCCAGUUCAGGAUUUUGUAGAACCAGUUAGAUUUAGUAAAAUGCCGCGGUGCUCUACAAAUAAAACGUCUGACGUUUCCGCCCACAAUUAAAGUUAUAUUUCGUACGCUAUACAUUCUUCUGUCGGCCGCCACGGCGAUAAAAUCUUUUGGAGUUUUUGGGCUCAAAAUACUAUUAAAAUGAAGAGAGAAAUGAUCGAGACGAAUCGGCCACAGGUAUACAACCGAAAAGAGAAAACCGAAGAUACCAAAGUUGUCAAGGAUGAAACGUAGGCCUGCUGCAUUUUUUAUAAUUAGUUAAUAAUUUUGAGCAAUUUGUUAACAAAACAGUUUCGUUUGGCUUUCAAAGACAAAGGCCAUAAAUCACUAGAGCAAUGUUGUUUAGUAAUACAUUUGACAUCCGUAAUUACAAUUUCUUACGCUGAAUCGAACGGUGGUAUUGUUACCAUUGUUGGUAUUAUGUUAUUGCGCCAUUAGGCAUUACAAAUACAAGGAGAAACGCACUGCGAGUGAUUUGUCAACAAAUGAACAAUACGAACUGCGAGCGAUUUGUCACAAUAGAAUUUCGGUUGAUUUUCAAAGGCCAUGAAUCGCAAGAAUACUGUUGUUUAGUAAUACAUUUGACAUCCGUAAGUACAAUUUCUUACGCUGAAUCGAACUGUGGUAGGCAUUACAAAUAAAAUAUAUUUCACACUACAGUUUUCACGUUUCCUCAGCUAACUAUUACUGUAUUAGGGCUGGCACUGUUGUUGCAUAAAUUUUAUUAAUAUGACACCAAUACGUUUUUCAUAAAGUAGUUAUCUAUUAAAACUACUUUGUGUAGUUUAGGUUAUAACCUUUUACUUUAAAAUUGUCUUUGGCUCGUUUAUAUUCAGAUUCAGAUUUCAGACUUGAGUAUAUUAUGAUUGUGCACGGGAAUUCAACGAUCCAAAUUUCGGAUUAUAAGAGUCGUGCACCAAGAAAAAUGCAUUAACUAAAGUAGCAAGAAUGUCUAGAGUUAGAUACAAUUCAAACUCCAUAGAAAACAGGUACAAUUCGCUGAAAAUUUCAACGAAAUUGUUUGAAACAUUUUGCCCACUCCACGUAAGGCCGCCAUUUUGAAAAGAAUGAAUUGGGUUUUAUUAGACAGCUCAUUAAUAUUCUAUUUUCUGGCUAUCGAUCGCAAUCCACUAUCGGAGAAAAAUGCGAGCCGAAACUUAUACUCGCCAGGGCACAGGUGCCCCCAGCGAGUAAUGAUAAUAACGAUGAAUACGUAAAAGAUUCUCAGUUCUGAUUGGCUGAGAACAUGCAGUGGAAGGAAAAAAGGAAAUACUGUGCAUAUUUCCUGGCCUUUUACCAUUUUGAUUGGUUAAUACUUAAUAAGCACCUUUUCAGCAAACAAAAUUAAUUGUUUCCCGUGGGAACAGACAAUGUGUAUUUUGUUGUAUAGUGGCAAAGAAAGAAUGAACAAAUUUUCGCAACAAUAUUGAGUGAAAAUGUCUUAAUAUAAAUUAUUUUAACGAUAGCUUGUUGUUCUUCUUUUUUGAUAGACAGAAUGGGAAAACGUUAUUUUUUUUACUUUUGGCUCCAUUUUGUGUAUUCUUGUUUGGUUGCUCGGCGAGAAAUGCAUUAACUUACGUGAUCACAAAUCAGCCAAUCACAUUUACUAUUGUAAUUAAGCACUAGCUAUAUAUAACAGAUUAACUAAUACUUAAACUUUAUAUGAGCUUGGGAACGUUUUGGUUUAUCACAAAAACAAUUAAAUGUCGGGACAAAGAGGUAAGGGCCGGACAUAUAUUUGUUCACGGCAUCAGAUAUUACAACCACAUAACACAUUUACUGUGAUAAUUUGCUACAUACAUUUAUCAUUUGAAAUUAAUAUAUUCUACUUUGCUGGGCUUUGUUAACACCGUACCCUGCAUGCUAUGCUUUAUUAUGCUUCCAUUGCUUUCCAUAGUAUGACACGGCAACUAUGACAAGAGAAGUUUAUUUCUAAAAAGGGAGAAAAUAUGUUUUUCUACAACACCAUUUUUCAACGGUUCAUUCGUAACGUAAUCGUAGCUGUUGUGAUCCAAGUCUCCAUUGAUGAGGCUGAUGGAAUUAAAUUCAGAUAUAUAAUUUGUGUGAAGCAAACUGGCGGGUACAAAGAUGACCAUUCUUAUGACAGUGUUAAAUUAAGGUCUUUAUUAUAUUAAUUCUUCACCCAAACGUUGUUUGGGACUGAACUUGUGUGCAUUCUGUAACGCUAUAAAAUGCACUUUGUUGGUUAUAUAGAAUGCUUUUAUCCCUACAAUGCCUCAUGAUGAUGGCCCUGAACUUAUGCAAGCAAACAUUGGACGUUGGUAUGGUAAGUCAAGAAACAAGCUGAAGGAACAACCUAAAGGAACAAGGAAGAACCUUAAGCCAGUCAUUUAUGAAUAAAAUUUUAUCAUGAACAUGCAGUACUUCUAUUUAUUUAGUAAAUAAACUUGUACUAUUUGUCUGUAUCUCUAUAUAAUGCAAAGAUUUAGAAAAUUAAUUGAUUGUUAUACUUUUUAGAGUGCCCAAGUGGACAUCGUUAUGUUAUUACAGAAGUAAGUACUAUAAACAUGUGUAAGUACUGGUGGUGGGGGACAUAUCUGAAUUUGCGCUGAUAUCAUAUAAUAUGUAAUACUAUUACAUUCGGUAAUAUGUAAUUGUGCAUGCAUGUGUUGUUUUUAAUUUGUUUGUAAUAUGUACGUUUUGUUAAUUUUACGCAAUUAAGCCAAUUCGGCUGCCAUGUAAAAUCUAUUAAACUAUUUAUCUAUCUAUCUAUCUAUCCAUACGUAUAUUUACAACUCUACAAAUGUAUAUUCGAUGCGAAUGCCUUCGGGCAUGGUUAAAAGGAAAUAUAAUUUCCCCCAGAGGGUUAGGUACUUACUCCGAGGGGAGAUGUAGUUUUCCGAACUCCUUCGAAGAUUGAUAGGAAAAAUGCUAGUGCAAAUCGCGGCGCGAGCGGUCUGGGUACCACGAAUAUAAAUCAAGCCAACGCGUUCGCAUUUCUCCUCUAAAUGAAUGUCAUUGCCGUGGUUACUCCGCAUGUCAGUAGCUGGGUCGGGAGAACUUGUAAAUCUAGACUUCACUUGUGAAUAGGUCCCUCUAUAUACGGUGGGGAUCGUAUUGUUCGUGUCAGUUUACGAAGAAGUUCGGAGAACUACAUCUGCAGGUAAGUAGUAAGUGAAGACCCUCUUGCUCAACAUACUACGAAUAGCUACUAUAAUUCCAAUCCUACAACUACGAAUAGCUACUAUAAUUCCAAUCCAUCGUAUUAAUGUAGAUAACGUUGUCCUGGCAUUAAUGAACUUUAAAUUAAACAAUCUACUGGCCUUGAUAAAAUCCCAGCCAAUAUUGUCACGGGCUCUCUGCAGAUACUAUUGCUCCGUCAUUGGCGGAUAUAUUUAAUUUAUCACUUGACACUGGUAUUUAUGUUGAUGACUGGCAACGCGCGCGAGUAAUUCCAAUUUACAAAUCUGAAGAUAGGGGAUGUAUAUACGAUUUAUGUUUGUAAAGAAUGUUUUUAUAACAUUCGCUUGUCAUGUUGCGUAAAGGAUCUUUACCCUGGACCAUCCGAUUUUCCUUUAGCAGCGCAAAUGCGCAUUCGUUAUCAAGCCGUAGAUCACGAUGGCAUGACGUUGCUAGGAAGGAGCGACACAGCUAGUGUUCUUUGAGGAUCACCCAAUAUAUAAGUACCGAUAUAAUUUAGACGGUAUAUUAAUUAUACAGAGCUAGAAAGGAGACAGACAGUGCUUUUUUCAAAUGUUUGAGAUUCUCGGCAUUCAACGCAGUGCCGAUAUCAUUUUGACGGUAUAUUCAUUAUAAAGAGCUAGGAAGGAGCGAGUACUGAUCUUGAUAUUCUACGCAAUAUAUAAGUUGAAUCAGGAUGUUGUAUGCAUCAAUUUAAGUGCCAGUAUUAUUAUUUCGGCCGUAUAUUCAUUAUACAUCGACUGUAUAAGGUGUUGCAUUGCUGCACCACAUAAUAGAUGGCUACACUGAGUACAAAGAGCGAAAAAUUGCAUCAGAUCAGUAGAGCGUGAACAACUAUUAAACUAAAGCGGGUGUUUUUUAUCAUUUUAUGGUGUAUCAGUUUAAUAAUUUGCCCCAUUUUUAUUAGCAUUUUUCGAUUUUUAUGCAUCAUAUUGCUCAAUUGUUUUCAGUAGAAUCUUCCAGACAUAAAAAUAUUGGGAGGGUUCUCCCUCUCUUGUCCUACACCUGACCAAUGAUCUUUCUACAUUGCGAAGCGUUAAAUUUUUUUUGUAAUUUUUUUUAAUUCCCGUUUAAUUUCCCUGUAAUAAUUUGUUUUGUUUUUUUUAAUUCCUUAGUGUGGAAACCCAAACCAAAGCUACCGUUGCCCAAUAUGUAACGCCGACAUUGGUGGCCAGGGCAUUUUAGCAGCAAACAACAGAGAUGCCUCCAUGUGAGUGGGUGCAAAGAUAAUAAACGUUGGCUUCCAAUUAUUUAUAAUUUAUAAAAUUAAAGCAGAACACUUAAAACAGUUUUUCAAGCGCUUUAACAUAUUAUGCUCAGCGUGAUCAUGUGUUAUUACUUCUCUACCUAGCUAAACAUUAUAACAUUUUGAUUUUUUCUAUUUUCCAAUAUUACUUGCGUGCAGAUAUUGAAUGAUUUCUUUGUUAUAAAAAUAUAAAAUACAAAAUUUUAGGUACUAAAAGAAGAGUAUGCAUAGUCAAUCCGUAUAGCGUAAGCCUAUGACGAGGGUACUAAUUCAGUUGGGCUUUAUAUGCGAAAUUUGGCGGGAAAUGGGCGCAUGGUCAUUUAAUGUGUAAUGGCAUGAUCGCAUAUUGGUCCACAAAUUGAUGAACUGAGGCGAACUACUGAAUUAUUUCAAAGAUAUAGUCGCCAAAGGUUUUUAUUUAUUGGUGAAAUUUUGAGGUUAUGAAAAGGUUUAGGCCCAAAAACAAUAUCAGAUGACUUAGAAGCAAUUACACUUUGACUGACCCCACAAUGCCAUGCAUGAUGUAAUAAAUACUCGGCGACCUGGCAAUUUUUCAGUUUUCGCGCGUUAUGGGUUUCCCACUAUUGAUCUCGAAAUAUGAGUUAGAGAGCUUAUGAAAAUACAAGUCAGGAACAUACUACUUAUCUUCUAUAUUUUGAGAAUUGGUAAAUUUGCAGUUGAAAAUUUUCAUUUUUUCCCCAUUUGUUACAAAACAACAAAAUGUAGCCUGUGUCACAUGCAGUGUUGUUACCACUUUGAUUGAACCAGCGUUCGGUUCGCGGUUGGCCAGUUAUAAACCAAAUACUUCAUACUGAAACCAUGUUUGGACACUAAAGUUUGGUAAGCUGCGGCGAGGGGUUGUUUCAUAAUUUGUUUUAUAAUUUUGGCCAUUAUUAAGAAAUCGUUGUUAUAUAUAACUUACUAUACAUAGGCAGGGAUAAAUAUGUAAAACCACGCACAUUUGUAUACAGAUGUGGUUGCAUGUCACUGAACAUUCAUUUCUCCUGGGAUUAAAAUCUAUUUAUAUUAUUAUAACAAACAUAGCGGCGAGAUAUCGAGUGUGUUAGAAAUAUUGAAAAACUAUAUUGUUAAAUAGUUUCUUUUUUGUUUCUUCUAAUUUUGUGGCAAUCAGGCAAGAUCGAAGUAGCACUGGCCAUAUUCUUGGCCAUACUCAAGCUCAACAACAAAAUGUAACAUCCGUACGAAAUUUGACUCCCUUGUCAUGUGGUGUCUUACGUUGCCUGACCCAUGUGGCCAUGUUGUUGGGAACGGAUCAGAAUAUUCAGGUAUCUAUGCCAAUUGAAUCUGUUAAACAUUUAUCUUACGCUCGUUAUGAGAAGUUAAAUGUUAAUUUUAUUUUUAUGUUGUAUAAUAUUUUCCUUACAAAUAUUUUGCUACAAUUGUCAAAUUAUCGAGCACCCAAAUUUUCUAAAUAUAGUAUAGUCUAUAUCAGUAAAAUUUAAAUGUUCAGUAACUUGAAAAUUGUCACAUUACGUGUAACCCUAGUAUAUCUAAAGUGGUUCUCUACAGUCUAAGACUACGUUUACGUAGACUUGUGCCGGAUAGCUUUCCAUAGCGACACUAUGAAAAAACACUUAGCUAUCCGUGCCUUCUAGGAACGCUAUUUUCAGAAGAACUAUUGCAACGGAGAGAUGUUGUUUCGCUCUGUUUCUGAAAGUUGUACAUUAAUUCUGUGUCAGAUAGGUGCUUUUUCGGCACUGGAACGGAAAUUUAUUCGGUAUAGUAAACAUAUAGCCUUUAUGUGCGUUAGUAUUUUUUAUGUGCUCAUGAUUUAUUGAGUUACAUGACUUGAUAAAUAUAAUCUUUUAAACAUGGAAUAAGUAUAAACCCCUGCAUGGCCUUGAUCUUGUGCACAUUUUAUUUUAAGUCCUUAUUAAAUUUCGAUAUACUGUUUUGCAAAUAAAAUAUAUCAAUGUUUUAACCAGAAUAUUGCUGCUAUCAUAAAACCACCAGUUCAUGAUGUUGUCCAAUUCUUAAAAGAACAUUUACAACAUGAUAUAAGAUGUAUAGCACGAAGUACUGGCAACAACGAUGAUGAGGCGGUGCAGAUAAUCCAUCUAGUGCUUGCUGGUAUUGUAAACAACCUGGGUCAGCAGGGAGGUACGUUUAGUCACAUAGAUUUGUAACUGAUUGCACUGUUUUUUACUAAUAUACUUCACCUGUUCUGUUGCAGUAAAAGUAACAAUUAAUCUAAUACGUAUAGUGGAUUUAGAACUUGGAGUCAAGCGUGACUGUCUUCUCAAAGUCAAAAAUCUCAACCAUGCACACAACUUCAAUCUCUAAGCCUGAAAGUCACAAUGGAUGUGUCAAUGAUAUGUGUGGUGUUACUCUGGGUGUAUAUCCGAGUGUUACUCUGGUCGUAGGUUCGUAUCCCACCAUGGCCGGGCAUGCUUUUCAAGCUCGCCCGGUGUGGAUAUACACUCAGAGUAACACCACAAAUAUCAUAUUCACCUGAGUACACUACACCAACACAAAAAAAUUCAUAUUACUAGAAAACAUUGGUAUUGAAGGAACUAGAUUCUGUUCCGAAAUAUCACUUACUCGAACCGUCCUGACCGCGUAGCUCAGUUGGAAGAGCAUUGGGCUAGUAUUCCAAAGGUCGUAGGUUCGAAUCCCACCGUCGCCGGGCAUAUUUUUCAAGCUCGCCCGGUGUGGAUAUACACUCAGAGUAACACCACAAAUAUCAUAUUCACCUGAGUACACUACACCAACACAGAAAAAAUUCAUAUUACUACAAAACAUUGGUAUUGAAGGAACUAGAUUCUGUUCCGAAAUAUCACUUACUCGAACCUCCUGACCGCGUAGCUUUGUUGGAAGAGCAUUGGGCUAGUAUUCCAAAGGUCGUAGGUUCGAAUCUCACCGUGGCCGGGCAUAUUUUUCAAGCUCGCCCGGUGUGGAUAUACACUCAGAGUAACAACACAAACAUCAUAUUCACCUGAGUACACUACAUCAACACAGGAUGUGUCAAUGUUUAUUUUGCAAAACUUAACUUAUGAUUGCACUUGAAUGCCUUUGUUCAUGCGUAGAAUGAACAUGCUGACAUGUACUGAACAUUAAUGUGGAAAACGGGUAAAUUAUUUCACGAUACAGCUGGGAAAGGUUCUGAUUAAUUGCAACGUAAUGUAAUUAUAUUUUUCCUACAAAUAUUUCCCUGCAUUUUAAUUACAUAUUUGAGAAUAAUCAUGACUCAUUACCUCGUUAGGGGUGAUGUAAUGCUUGUACGGAGAAGUAUAAAACAGCCAGGUAUCAUAUCGAAGAUUACUGAGGUUUGCCUUAUAUAAAAUAUUAAACUAAUAACUUUAUUGUAGGUUACCUAAAUAUUGAUGGAAACCUGACCACCAAAGAUUCAAGAACAGCUUGGGAAGAUGGAUUUAUGACCACUUAUUUGACUCCUGUUCUUUCCGUAAGUUUUUACACCACACGAUCAUGCAUGUGCAUAUUCUACAUAUACUUGUAUGUGGAAAAUGAGCAAUAAUAUUCUCAAAGAUAAUCUAUUUGCCUUAAAAGUAGCGGGAUAUACCAAGGGGACGCAUAAUUUAAAGGUGCAUAAACGGAAGAAAUGCCCUUUAAACGACAUGGGAAAAGGGGGGGAUACAAAUGAUAUGUUUGAAAUGAAGUUCAAUUGGAUAUCGGCUUCUAAUUGUUACAUUCUGACGUUCUUAGGCUAUUUCCGGCUUGCUCCAGGACAGUUUGGGUCGUAUGGUCCGAGAUGAGAGACUCGGUAUGUGACAAUGUUUUUACAGAAAUUUUUUAUUUUGUUCCAACAGUAAGAGAGAGAGAGAGUUGUGGCAUUUUAUUUUGACACCUCAUCCACACUCGCGGCAUUUUAUUUUGACACCUCAUCCACACUCGCAAGUGAGGACAGUCAUUGCAAAAUCCCGGCCUUCCGUGUCAGAUUUCACAUCUAUUGGCGUGAUAUUUACAUUUGAAUCAUAUUUAACAAUCUCAUCUACGUAAUUUCAAAGAAAACAUAGGAAUCAUUUAAAACGUGGGUGCGGUUUGGGCGUGUCUGGCAUAUAGCUGUCCAAAUCGAAUCCUUUUAAUCUCAGCUCGCUUCUACAUAAAACAUGUGUACAUUCCAAAGCGCCCAUAGCUAAAUGGAUAGAUGGACGAAUUAACAGUAACAUUUUUACGUGACCAAAACUUUUAUGUUAUUUUUAACCGGUCAUGCUAACAUAUUCAAAGCAGCUUGUAACCGGGCCAUCAUUCUUAGAAUUACAGUAUCAGACCAGUAUUCGCAUUACAAAUAUUCCCUACAUUUUAGUUGUGUAUUUGAGAAUAGUCAUGACUCAAAAAGUCGCUAGGGAUGAUGUAAUAAUAUUAUUUAAACUUCGUCCAUCUGUAGGCAAUAAUCGUUUGAUGAGGUUGCUUCAUGAACUGGAUGGCCCAAACUAUGAGUCCAUAUCCAAACUCGAUUCAAUGUGUCCAGCACUAUGGCGAUACCGCAAAAAAAUCACGAUAGAGAACGUAUCGUUCAAAUUUCAGGAGUAUUCACAAGGACGCGAUAAGCCAGAGAGAUGUGAAGUUCUGGCUGAAUUCCUGAAAAAGGUAUGCGAACAAAUAUCUCCGGAAGAAUAUAUGAGGGAGAGUUACCUUUGCGUCUUAGCUGUUGCAUGUAAAAUGUACUUUUCAUAUGUGAUCAUAUGUGAAAGAAUACAUGAAAGGCAAAUUUCAUAAGUAGAAAUUUUGAAUUUUACAUAUAAAAAUAUGAAAUGCCCACAUGUAAAAUGUUCCAAUUCACAAAAAGAAUUAUACAUGAGACAUAAAAUGUGAAAUCUUUGCAAGGGUAGGCACCAAUAGGCUUCAGUGGUGCUGUUGAACUUCCUCUUUUGGCCAAAUUUUCAAUAUCGUGGUAGCGCCUUGGGCAUGCCCGGUUGUGAAGAGUCUGCAUUUUGGGCAUGCUCUGUUAUCAGGCAUUCAACUUGCAAUCCUAAUCAGACAAUAACAAUGUUGUAAGAAAUAUUAAGUGCGUCAUAAUCGGGAUCUCGUGAUUCUUAUGGUUUCAUGUCAUUCAUAAUGAUGUUGUUGUUGUUGUUGUUGUUGUUGUUGUUGUUGUUGUUGUUGUUGUUGUUGUAGUAGUUGUUGUUGUUGUUGUUGUUGUUGUUGUUGUUGUUGUUGUUGUUGUUGUUGUUGUUGUUGUUGUUGUUGUUCUUGUUGUUGUUGACGCAGAAUAAAAAGACAACAUUUAGAAACAUUUAGAAAGAUAACGGGAUGUUUCAUACUCUAAGUUCUGACCAUAUCCAAAUCAUAAAAAUCAGGGAAUAAAAUUUGACUACAAAAAAUUCCUAUCAAGAAAUACAAUUUCUUGGUCAAUUUUUAUUUUGUUUCAACGAACAAUUAUUUAAAUUUUGUUUUAUAUACUUCUGUAGGAGCACCAUCUCCGUGCGUUGCAAUAUUUUCCAGAUAUUAUAAAACUACAGCGUCUGCUUUUCGAGAAAUUUCAUCGUCGUUUGGAUCGAAAUGAAGCGGAGGAAUUCACUCUGGGAAAAUUCUUGAAAACAUGUAAUUAUUACAUUAACUUUAUCUAAUUUAAGUAUGUUAAACGGCAGAAAUUGAAAACCUAAUAUUAAACUCAAACAGAAAAAGACUACUAUACCAAGUUCGUAUAAUGUCCAUGCACUGUGCAAAUUGUGCAGUUUUUAUCGGAAUGAUAUAAUUGCAGUUGAGUCAUGACAUGUGUGACGCCAUAGUUAAUAGAGGAGAUGGUUUGGAAACUCGUUAGCAUUACAAUAAAAUCACAAUAAACCUCAUUAUCUAUUUUGUUCAGGUUUAUGCAAAAAUGUGGUCUUUCAUCGUCACGUGCGUAUUGUAUUUUUCUCAAGUCAACCAAUAGGAAUGUUCAAAUGUCCUAUUGUUAAAGUCAUGGAUGGGCAAUAAGACAAAACCGUUGCUAUUGGCUGGUUGACCAAAAAUACAAUACGCACGUGACGAUGAAAGACCACAUUUUUGCAUAAACCAGAACAAAAACAUUGAUAGUGAGGUUUAUUGUAAUGCUAAUGAGUUUCCAAACCAUCUCCUCUAUUAACUAUGGUGACGCUGAAACUGGAAGAUUUAAAACAUUUGAAGUUUCCGAAGAUUUAUUACAUGCUUGACGCGAAGACGAGCUUGGUUUUUUGCUGAAACCCACGACCCUCGCGCGCUUCCGUGUUGCCUAAACCAUGCUUAAUGUCGUACGAUUGUAUCAUACUAUCGUUACGUCCUAUUUUUCUUUUUCAAUCGCCAUGUUUGCAUUCACUGUAUUCCCUGUUACUGUAUCGCCGUUUUUCGAUAUAUCUUCAUAAUUGAGUAUCUAGUAAUUUAAGGAAUUUCUACCAAGUUUCUGUAUUUUUAAUUUUUUCUUUAGCUCUUCAAGUAAAAGAACAAUUCAGUGCUUUGGUAAACAGUUUUAAAAUGGCUUGGAAAAUUGUCCGACCUUCCCUUUUGAAAGAUGGCAAGUAUUGUUUUCUCUAUCUUCCAAAACGCAUAAAAAUUUCUUUGAUCAUGAAUGAAUUCAAUAAUAUCUUUGGUUUAGUCGCUUUAAUAUAUAAGAACUCCCUCAAUAAUAUUCUUGUUACCAAACUAUUACCAAUAAGAUUUUUUUAAGUCGUUAAAUAGAUUCGUAUUGUGUGUUUUAUAGGGUCUUAAGCCAUUGCACUCAUUUCUUUUCAACCCAACAACAAUAACACUCUUUUUCACUUACACCUGGAAAUUAACCACUAUUAUUUGAAGGAGUCAGCAUGAUAACCAAAAGCCUUAUGUCACCAUUCUUAGUAUAUGUUAUAACGCACGGCUACAUAUACCCUUAUCCGAUAAAAAUAUUAUUCACAUUAACGUUUUACCAGUUUUUGGAACACUACCCAUUUUGUCCAAUGAAAAGCUAUAAUAAACGAGCUUCUACACUUGCUGGUAUUUAACAGAAUUGAUUCAUUACCCAAUUAUAACCAUGUUUGCCUCUGAUUUCAUCUAAUUUCAUGCUACUGUUGUUGCAGGACAACAACUAAUUUAUCUUUUAUUGUACUGUAGGCCCUUAUUCAAUUCCCCAGGAAAUGUGCGACAUUGAAGUGAUAAAUUCAACACCAAUUUCCAUGUUUUUGCCUGCCAAAUCAGGCCAGGGAAGAUGUGCUUUGGCUUUGAACAACUUUCUCGUGACCUUACAUAAUGAUUUUAUUGGCCGUUGUAAGAGCUUACUAAAGGAUGAAAGUCGGUAUGUGUAAUAGCUAGUAUAUAGAUGGAUUUUGUCUUGAUAGGAAGUACUUCAGCUAAACAGGAUGGAACAUGUAAUUUAACAAGAGUGUGUCCGGUAAAAUUUUUUGACCCUUUUUUUUAUGUCCGGAAAAUUUUUACCCCCACCACCACCCCCUUGCUCGCCAACAUUUUUUGGAAAAAAAUGUCGAGCCCUUGAAAAAUAGGCCUUGUUGGUUAGUUUGGCAAAACACAUGUGCUGCUGAAGGACCAGAUUAUGAAUAAAGCUCUAUAUUUUUGUUGAAAUUAUAUUAAUAGUGUUUUAUAUAUAAGUUUGUUUAGAGGGGAAUUUUAUACAUAGGGAAGAAUAACUGUAAGGAGGUGCCGGCGUCCAACGAAAAGUUCUAUUGUCAUAGCAAACGAAGAACACUUGAACUUCAACGAGUGCUGCUACAUCUAUUUUAUUUUUUAGUCCACCAGAGAUACCGCUAGCCAACAUAACUAAGGCUCAUCUUGUAGCAUAUGAUCCAGAAAAGGAUUUCUUACCAAUGAUCCUCGCACACUGUGAUUAUUCUCUUAAAGUUGGUGAGGGAACUACAGUAGAGUUUAACUGGAAGUGUUUGGAAAGACAGCUGGUGGACAGAUUUAUCAGAGGAAGACCUAGACUAAUAUCUUUGGUAAAUACUAACAAUAGACAUAGAAUUAGAAUUUAGAAGCGGUUGUAAAAAAAUUAUUGAAAAAUAAUAGAUUUGGACAAGAAUAAAUGAUAGAUCGCUUAUGUUUAUGCAUUAAUGCAACACUUGUCGAUUAAUCGAGUUUCCCAGCAAUUGGCUAAUUUAAAACAAAACAAGACAAUUAAAAUACCGUAUUAAGAACCGGGGCUCACCAAAACCGUUGAUGCCUCCUCUCGCCCGAAAAAUCGUUUCAUGUUUUUGCAUCAAAAUAUUGCAGACUGCGAUUACAUUCCUAACGCCUAGACUUGGAUCAAGUCCGUCUCUUUAGAGUCCUAGGGAUUUCCAGAGUCCUAGGCCAGGUGCAAUAACGCGGGAAAGUUUGAGGCGCGCUCGAUUUCGUUGCUUUGCGACUCGGUUUCUGAAGAGACAGUAUUGAGCUACAAGUCUACCUAACGCCAUGAAAUCGACAUCUUGGAAAUGGCGAUGUCUGAUUCGUCCGUAACCAAUGUUGUUGAGAUAGGCUAACACAAGUUUGAUAUUUCGGAUUCCUGAAUGUUUUGAUAAGAGAAACAUUUGAAAUGAAAUGAAAUGUUUUUUGCGUGAGAGCUAGCGAGGAUGCAUCUGCGGUUCUGAUGAAUAGUACAAUUGUGCGUCAUUUCACUUAACCUAUUAACUUUACGAGUUGUAGUAUGAUAACACAAAACUUCAUGCAUAUGUUAAAGCCCCCCGUAUACCUCUCUAUGUUUUAGCUUGCUGGGCUUGUCAUUUACAAAAUAGCAUCUUAAUAUAAUAUGUUGUUUUUCUAUGCUUUUCUUAGAUCGAAUUGUUUGUCUUUAGUAAGGAUAUUUGUGAUGGAGAAGUAUUUAAAGCCUUAAAACAGAAGAUACCUCAGGUACAUUGAAAUCAUUGUAAAAUUUAUAAAAACAUUGUAGCUGAACAAUAGCAUGUUUAAACCACGUGCAUUUUUAUGUGUUCAUUUUCUGACUAAACAUGUAGUCAAAGACAAAAAGUAAUGUUAAGCAAAUCGGUUAAGUUAGUUUCAUAUUUGUUCUGACAAUGCAGAGAAAAACGAAAACUCGGUGUCUCGAAAGGGAUUUGAAUUCCCAUUUUCGGGUUUAGGGGAUCAAUUUUGUUUGUGUAUCCUGCACAGUAUUUUACAAUCCACACUUACCUGCAAAUUGCACUUAGCGUUUACACACACACACACACACACACACACACACACACACACACACACACACAUGUGGAUGUUUGCACUCUCGAAUACUAGUAUCUUUGCUGUUCCAUGACCACUUCACCAGCAACAACGACAACAACAACAUAAAAGGCUCUAACGCCAAGGUCGUUUUUAUUUUCAUCAUUAGUGGCGAUAUCAAGUCAAAGUUCUUUCGAAAUGCUUGACUGAAGGAUAUCCCUUACGAAAAAAGUCUAUAGGUGGCCUAUAGGUUCCUAUAGGAAUUGUUCCAAUUCCCUAUAGACGCCUUUAGGCACCUAUAGAGCUCUAUAGACUUAUAGGCAUCCCUAUAGGUCACCCAUAGAAAAUGUUCCAAUUGCCUAUGAAAACCUAUAGGUUUCCUAUUGAAGCCUAUAGGUUGGCCUAUAGGGCAGGCCUAUAUAGACUUUUUUUUGUUAGGGAUUGUUCAAUUAGUUUCAAUUAAUUCUCAAUGAUUGUCAGCUCAUGAGACUAUGGAGCUGGUAGAUUUAUCACUCUGCUUAGAUCAUGGCCAGACAUUACGGAGAUUAUAGUAAGGCAGUAGAGUAAUGUCCAGGAAAGAUUUCUGAUUUUCGUGUGAGAGGAAAACAACAGUAGUAUUGACUCCUACUUCUCAUAAUUUAGCACUGAGCAAUUAGAGGUCUUUCAAUUCAUCACUGGAGAACAUUGUUCAUGUGAUCAUGAACAUCAUUGGCUAUAUCAGGAGAGAGGUUAAAGUUAAACAAAAUUCUUAAAAGUCCGUCAAUGUCAUUUUAGGAAGAAAUAACUCGUCCAGUCCAAGAUCAGAUAUUGAAUGAACUCAAUCAACUGACCGAUGUUUGUGAUGCUCUUAAAUCACUACAUAUUGCUAUUGGAUUUCUGUCUUCUGCUGGGGGAGAUCCUUCAAUGUCUAUCCAUGAAUACCUUCAUUCAGGAUUAAAGAUGACGCUUAGAAAAGGCUUAAAAAGUGGGAAGGUAAAUCUAUAUUUGAAGGAAUAUAACUCUUCAAUCCUUAAACGUUCUCGUCAUUAAUGGGACAAACUAUUAGCGUACUUUAGUAGCUGUUUACCUUAUCUUGAAACCAAAAAGAAGGCAAAAUUUUCUUGUUUAAUUUGCAACGUCGUUGCAUGUAGUUAAAUCUAAGAUAAAUUUUGAGCAAGCUUAGAUUGCAACCUCAUUUUUUUCUCUAAGAUUGCUUGAAACCAACCGUCUGUGGGAACCAAGAUAACUCCGACAGCGAUACCUUCAUUAAUGGUUAUCCUUGUCAUAUUAUUCCCCUCCAGUUCGGCAAGUAAUUGUUGAUGUUUCUACUGAUGAGUAUAUAAAUUUUCCUCUUUUAGGCUGAGCUGUUUUGUCAACUGCAACAUAUUGUAUCACUAUGGCUGUUGUUAUCUUUAGAAAGGGCAAGAGUAUUGACAAAGCGUAAACAGGUUUGUAAUAAAUAAGAAUGAUACAACUUUAGAAAUUUGGAGGAAACCUCUUAAUGCACACGGAAAGUCUCGAUGUUGACCUCUAGACCGUAAUAAUAAAAUUGAAAAUUGCAGGCAUUUUUAAGCCGGUUACAGACGAGUAACUUUUUUAUGACAAAUGUUUACAUGGAAAAUUUUUUUGUCAAUUGUGCACAACUGUAUGUACAACAAAUUUUCUAUCACGCGUUUUUGGUUUUCUGAGCGCUACACGAUCAUAGCUAUUAUGUUAACUAUUGCCACCAUAGAUCGCUGACUAACUGCAUGCAAGUGCUCAAAUUACUUUGUCAAAUUUUCUUUGGGGAGCAGUACAGACGCUCAAAAUUUAUGAUUUUUUAUAACUAGUGCACUUCUUCAAAGGUAGCAUACUAGCUUUUGGACAAAUUUAGAUGAUGAGAUGGAUGGAUGGAUAAAUUGGUAGUUUAUUAAAAAUACACAUCGCAGCUAAAGAGCUGCCAAGUUUACAAAUUCACAUCGCAGCCAAAUACAAAUAGUGUAACCGAAUAAAAGUAUUAAAAGCGGUUAGUGUUUACAGCUACUGUAGUGUGCUCGGUAAAAACACGAGACUGUCUUAAGCCCCGUUUACACUACGCUCGAUUUUUGGUACCGUACCACUUUUUUGGUUCUUUGACUACCUAAAUAGGUAGUCAAAGAACCAAAAAAGUGGUAUGGGUACCAAUUUUAUCCGUACCGUACCAAAAAUUGAGCGUAGUGUAAACGGGGCUUUAAACUAUAUAAAACUCCGGUUUUGACGGUAAAAGUUGAGCUAACUUGUGAUCAGGUUCAUUCACUAUUUCGCAAAACAGUUUCUUACACACGUAGUUUAAGUAGGGGUAAAUAUAAGAUCUAACUCGCUUUUGAACAUGUACACGUUAGAUGAAUUUGGAGAGAUAAUUGGGCAACCCAUAAUGGUAUGUUUCCGUAUGAAGAAUGACGUCUCUUGAUAAAGACUAAUAAUUAUAUUUGUUAUAUGACAAUGACGUGAUUUUACCAAAUGAGGUCAUGAGAACACGAAAAAUCUGAGAGCGGAUUACACGGUAAAAAGCCGUAUUGCCCUCGUCUAAACAGAUUUUUCCUGGUUGAGACGAAGCAAAAAUCCGACUUUUUUAGUGACAAACCACUGUGACAAACACACUACAUAAAAACACUAGGUCAAAGCCGACUCGUGACUCGAAUAUAAUGUUUCGAAAACUUAAACAGUAAUAAGAUAACGCUAUAUAACUGCAAGAGUAAAACAGCGCAAACUUGCGAGCAGUUUGAGGUAUUUAUUUUUAAAUUUGUUGAACAAAAUUGCACCAAACACGCUAUAAACAAAAGCUCGAGCUUCCAAAAGUAUUUCAACGAAAACAAGUCAUGACAACUUACUUGAACAUUUUGGAAGUAAUUGUACCGUUUGGACGUAAAUAUUAAGCUCGUACAAAGCCGAAGCUUUCUUGUUGGACAGUUCGUUGGUUUUUUUCUUUUUGAACUAGUUCAAUGAAAACUGAAAAACUUGAUUGACAGGUUUUAUUUGUAAUAUUUUAUCCAAUCAGAUUAAAGAAUGAUGACGUUAGUGUAAACGGUUUUCCUAAUUUAGUAUGAAUAAGUCGUAACUUGUUUUGUCGUUGUUCUCGUUUCGUUUGAAAUAAUUUGCCGCUUACAAUGCCAAAUACUCAAAUACUUCCAAAAAAAGACAUGGAAAUAAUAAAAAUCCUAUUGAAUGAUUAGACAUAUAAUCCUGCCAAACAUUUUAAUUGUUUCUCGCAUUUUUCGUCGCCCUUCAUGGCUCAAUAAGAUAUAUGUCUUACAAGUUCCGAGCUGUUUAUAUGAGCUGGGCUGACCGGUAAUGCUUAUAUCUCACCUCAUAAUUUUUCUAUGUUUUGAGAUUUAUGUCGCUAGUGAAAUGGCUUCACCAGCUUUGAAAGAAGUUAAUAAAAUAUUUCUAUACAACCAUCCAAAGUGAUUUGCAUGCAUCAGAAUUACAAAUGUGCAAUUAUGCAGUGCAAUCUAUAAGCAGUAGAUUUCUACCAAGAAUAGUAGAACUCAUCAAAACAGCAAAUUUUCACCUGAUGACCAUCAGACCAUGUUAAUUAGGACAAGGUUCACCCAUUUUUUGUGUUAUUAAUUAAACAGCAAUAAGUCAUUUAGAAAAGGAAAAUUUAUUUUAACCCAGCGGUUUAUUUUUUUUUAGGAUCCAUUUGAUGACGUAUCGGAGAAGGUGAAGUCUUCACUUGACAAGAAACAGAAGUUUUGUUUAAACAACGGAUUACAAAAGCUAAAUGUGGAUCAUUUUGUUGGUGUGUUGCUGGAAUUUAUUUUGCUUUACUUGAAACAUGUUCCUGAUGAUCAGUUACACUUUCCGUAAGUUUACACAGAAGUUGUUUUAUUUAUAAAUAAACUAUAACCGCGCAAUGAUUUUGUUGAAACUCCGUUAUGUGUCAUUUCAGGAUUUAUAUGACUUUAGUUCAUAAGUACCACUAUGAUAAUGUAUUACCAAAACCAGAUGCAUUCUCUUGCAGAAAAAAAGUGCCAUGUUUUCGUGUCAAAACAUUCACACAAUGCGGUAAAUCCCCGCAACUAAACUAUUUAUUAAUCAUUGUGCAUGAAUAGUGUAAUGUAGUGAAUAGUGAACUUUCCAUUUUAAAAUUUCACAACGAGCAUCCAAAUAUACAAAAUUAUUAAAUAAAAUUGGAAAUAUGUACAUGUACGCGAAUGACACUACUCUAUGUGACGGGUUUGUCAACUCUUCGCACAUUCUGGUAAAACAAAAUGAAUAUUUCAAAAUUUAGGAAUUUUUAGGAUAUGUUUUGUAAAGGAACGAACAUACAACUUUACAAAAUGAAAUGAGGUACUGUCUCCCAAAACCAAGGUGUAACGAUACUGAUCGAUGCAUGCUUUAACAAAAUCUGUGUCGUACCAAUAUACGAAAUUAAAAAUGCACAAAUUUUUAUCAGAAUUAGACAGGACUACAUCAACUCUUGUAUUUUGUAUAUAGAUAAAUUAUUUAUGAAAACUAUGAGUGGAUCAACUGAAAUAUUAAUUUCAGUUGAUCAUUUUACUGUGUUGUUAAAAGGAAAGCAAUCUCAAUUAUUUAAUUUAUGUACAGGGUGCCCAAAAAAUGUGAAAGUGGCACUCUAGAAAUUAUCCUAUUGCUAUAAUUUGAACGCCUGAGCACUAUGCUGAACACAAGAGUUCGUAUAACCACAAAUGAAUUGAAUCUUUAAUUACCAGGCGCAUGAAAUCCUCACACUCAUGCCCCAACGAAUUUAUACAAAAUGGUUUGCUGUUUCACUCAUGGGACGUUGAUUGCUAUAAUGCGCAUGCUCAUUUAUAUUGAGGCAUUUAAAGUGCGCAUGUUCAACCAGAUCCUACGUCCCUCAAGCACAAAAGCUGUUUGGGGAAAAAAUCCUCGCCAAUCGUUAUAUGUACUAUUUAAAACACGAGCAGAGGAUGCUUUAUCAGAUAUAAAACACGAGAGCGCAGCUCGAAUGUUUUGUAUCUGAUAAACACACGGACUGCGAAGGUUUCAAAUGGCUUAAAAACCGACCCAUCUGAUGAGUACAUUUGCGAAGUAAUUUUUAAAAUAAAGGUUGUGUAAGCCAAGAAAAUCAUAUAAAACCAUUGAUACGGCAGUGAUUUCCUUUGUCUUUUCUUCAUUCAUGGAUUAUUAAUGAGUCUUUUAAGGUCUGUUGAAACACUCGUGUUACGAGUCUUCUCAAUAGUUUACAAUCACUGAAUCAGUUUCAAAUAUCUUGGGAUAGAUGCCACAAAAAUAUUUAAUUUCAACAAACGUCAGCAGUCCCCUUCAAUUUGCCUGCCUUUUCUGUUAGAUUUGACAUAAUGGGUUUUGCUAUUUCAAUAGGCAAUUCCAGCUUUUAGUUUAUGCCUGCAGGGGAUGAUGGGAAGUAAGGUAUCAUAUUGCCGAUUAUGCUGAAAAAUGUCAAUAAAAACUACCGAAACAACCGAAAUAUUUCAAUAUUUACAAGUAUAAGGUAUCACUCCGUGUUUGCACGGCCACCAUUUUUAUUUUUCAGCAUAAUCAGCAAUGUGAUACCUUACUUCCCAUCGUCCCCUGCACGCAUAAGCUAAAAGCUGGAAUUGCCUAUUGAGAACGCAACAUUGAUUGGGAAGGGGUGCCGACUUGUAUGAGACGGACUGUAUCGGGUCGACUUAAAAUCUAAAACUGCAUGUGUCCCAACAACUUUUGAAAGUGAUUGUAUAAGUGAAUUUUCCACACCCAUUAACAUAUAAUAUGCUUCAUUACUUUAGUUUAUCACAGUACAUAAAUGCCAAACUAGAGGAAAAGGAACGUGAUGUCAUUGAUGGUCUAGAGGAAUAUAUACCGGAGGAUAUCAAAGUGGAACAUGCCGUGGAAGCUUGGAAAGUUGCCUGCCAGAAAAGCGAAGAUUAUCACUCAAGGAUGCAGGAGUAACUUGUGGAGAAUUUUUGUUCAUUUAUGAUUUUUAUAUGACUUAAAAUUUACAUUGGAUUAAAUACUCAGCGAGAAAGAUUAUUUAACGUAUAAUUUCAGAACCUAAUUAUUAUAUCUUACAUAAAUGAGACCAAAACUAUAAUUGGUAUCACAUUCUUUUUUCAUUCAAUAUAUUUUGCAUGCAUUUUUUGUGGGAAAAUAAAUUUUAGAUCACUUUAACAGUUUUUUUGGGUUUCACAUAGUCCGCAACCCAUUGAAACCAUUGGAAAUACCAAAUGAGUGUAAAAUUGGUAUAUGAUUACGAAAUUUUUGAGCCAUAUGUAUGGUCUUCAUCAGAGGCAGAUAAGGUUUGGAAAUAAAUUAAGAUUGUCCGACUCAUUGGUUUUUAACCACCAAAUUAGUGCAGAAUAGUUGCCAUUAAACAACUAAUGUUUUUGCCGCAAUUGAUUAUGCCAAAUGCAAUCUGCUUCUUAAAAUAAUAUGAAAUGAAGUGUAUUCCGUCUGACGGGAAAGGAAACGCGCUAUACAGAGUAUACUUUGCAAUACUGCAGUUUUUUUAAAGUGCAACAUUGCCGUUUGCAGUAAUGAAAGGAAAUUGUGCGAGCUAAAUUUCAUUUUGUUUCUAUAUAUUUAUACAAUUAAAGAAACUUUAUAAUUAUAGAUAGUUGAUUGUUAACUGAAUACAAACAUCAGUGAAC